CUUGUCUGCGAUAAGCUGCCUACCUAGUAGAGUUCUGCUACCUGUAAUUGGACUGGUAAAUUGAUAUUCCCUAAUUCAAAUGGAGGACGAGCAGUUCGGAGUGCUGCACGAGCAGCUACGGCGAAACAUCGUGCUCGCAGGGACGCGAGACCAUGUCUCGGACGUGAGGCUUUUCGCCUAUUACACCGUCAUUGACAACGAGGACUCAGCAUUCCAGCAGAGGUUUCCGACGCUCUCAGCCUUCCUCGAUGCUCUUCAGCAAGAGUUUAAGGACCACAAGAACGGGCGCAUCAGCACGCGGCCCCUUAAUGCGAAGUUCUACGCUGCUCUCGAGCGCCUUGGGUUCAGCAAGCGCGAGUGGCAGGAACUGAGGGCGCUCGGCCAGGGUAGCGUUGCGGUGUUUCACAAAAAGUUCACGAUUAAAGAGCUGGAAAACGAGGCCUUUCCAUGCGACCUCGAGCCUUGCCGGCCGGUCCUCCUGAAGGCUGCACGCAAGGUUGACGAGCUGCGCAAGGCCGCUGAGGCUAAGGCCGCCGGGUCUUCUGUGUCAUCCGAGGACGAGGCCGACUUCUUCUAGAUGUCUAGGGCAGCCGGUCCCAAGUCCCAAGGCUCUCCACGGGUGCACAUCCUGCUCGAGUGUGGCCCUGGGAGCAGGACGCAGGGGUUGCCAGCAACACAGCCACGGCCAUGGCGUGUAGGCGGGUGACUGGCAAUUGUGCGGGUGUGCAUUGGCUCACACAACACGCAAUGCACUGUGGGGUCGGCACUGCGCAGGCGGCCUAAUAAGCCAGUACACGCAACGCACUGGGGAGGGUCGGCACUGCGCAGGUGCGCCGAGCUGCGGUGCAUGCCGGUUGGUGGGUGCGUGUUGCUCUGUGGGGGAGGGGCUGUCUGACCAAGCAUCAUCGUCUUGGAGAAUAGCAAGCUGGUGCGGGGGCGAUACGUAGGAGGGAGCGUGCAGAUUCAUCUAAUUUAGCUAAUGCAUCAGCAUUAACUACCGGUAAUUGCAUCCGGUCGGUGUGGCCUAGGAGAAGGAAAAGGAGAGCGACGGCUUCUGCGUGUGUUGUAUCAUUUCCUGGGUUGAUACAACACACGUAGAAGCCGCCACUCUCCUUCUUCUUCUCCUAGGCCACACCGAGCAGAUGUCGCAGUAUGAGUUGGUCAUGUGGCCUAGGCUGUUUGCCUCGGGAUUCAUUGCUGUCCGGCUUCUGACGCGUAUGGGGCAGGCAGGGCAGGCAACAGGGGCGACACGCAGCAGGAGCAGCAGGGGGCGGGGAGGACAAGCGGGUAGGGGCGGUAGGGGCGGCAGGCAGCAGGGGCGGUAAGCGGCAGGAGCAGCAGGGGCGGUACCGGUAAUUGCAUCUGGUCGGUGUGGCCGUUCCUGAGUUUAAGCAGUUUAAGCCUGGGUAACUGCGGGGACCAUAGUGGCCUACAGGCCGCUGGUGUAGCGGCUGGGUUUUGGAGCGCAAAUGUACUGAGACUGAGAUGUUCAAGUGCAGCAACAGUUAACGGCAAUGGAGUGGAGGCAUGCAGCCCCGCGGCGGUCAAAUGCUCCCGCAUGUCUGGGGAGGCCCUCCAGACCGGCUGGCUGCCCCACGAGAGCCGCAGUACAAUGAUGAAACGAGUAUUGGAUCCGACUGCUUACCGCAAGCCGCCUUACGACUCCAUGAUCCAUCAUCAGUGCCAUCCAGACCCCCGC